AUGAGUGAUGACGAAUUUGGCUGGUUGUCUGGGGACGAUGAAUACCUCGCUGCCACUGCGGCUCUCGACCCCCCUGGUGCAAAACGGAAGCUCAAUGACGACAACUCUGAUAGAGUGCCAUCGCCCAAGCGAUCCAGAUCUGAUCUGAAAACUGAUACAACCCCUUCUCCCAGUACUGCACUCGCAAACAGGAUUCUCAAGGAGCGCUUUGGUCUAAACAGCUUUCGCCUUGAACAGGAGAAGGCUAUCACACGAAUCCUCGAUGGAGGUAGCGCAGUAGUCGUAUUUCCCACUGGAGGCGGAAAAAGCCUCUGCUAUCAAGUACCUGCAGUUGCUUUUAGGUAUCAAGAUGAGCAGCUCAAACAACGCACUGCCGGGCACAGCGGUGUCACUCUAGUCAUCUCUCCGCUGAUUGCUUUGAUGAAAGAUCAAGUUGACGCUCUUCUGCGUCGUGGCAUAAAAGCCGCGGUAUUGAACUCUUCCAUUUCACGCGAUCAAUUUCUGGCUGCACAAGAUGAUCUCCGAAAUGGACGUCUGGACCUCAUCUACUGUGCUCCGGAACGGCUUAACAGCGAGGGGUUCAUUGCUUCACUCAAAAACAUACCUGGAGGCAUUCGACUGCUUGCAGUCGACGAAGCCCAUUGUAUUUCAGAGUGGGGUCAUUCUUUCCGCCCAGAUUACCUCAAGAUAGCUCGAUUUGCAAAGGAAGCUCAAGUAGAAAGAGUCAUAUGUUUGACAGCAACCGCAACCCCAAAAGUUGCCAAGGACAUUCGAAAUGCCUUUGACAUUCCCGAAGAAGGCCUAUUCAGAACGACAAUGUAUCGCCCCAAUCUCCGUUUACUAGCUGAAGCAAACACCAAAGAUGCCGAUUACGUAGCCAAGCUUGUCGCCCAUCUCAGAAAGCACCCAGGUACGACUAUUGUAUACGUGACGAUUCAGAAAGGCGCCGAAACACUGGCUGCAGAAUUACAAGCACAAGGUUUCAACACCAAAGCAUACCAUGCGGGUAUGCCCGCUGCAGUACGGUCAAAGACACAGGAUGAGUUUCUCUCUAGCACCGACAUGAUUGUAGUCGCCACCAUAGCCUUUGGCAUGGGCAUCGACAAGUCUGAUAUCCGCAACAUUGUGCACUUUGACAUACCCGAUAGUAUUGAGUCUUACAGUCAACAAAUCGGAAGGGCAGGUCGAGAUGGAAAGCCGAGUGUCUGCAUGUUCUACCUAUCCACAAAAGACUUUUACUUACGCAACAUCUUCACAUAUGGCGACCGACCCUCCCUGCGCUCGCUAAAACUUCUAAUGCAAGAUAUCUGCUCGCCAGACCGCGCAUACCUCAAAGCGGGAGACACCUUCACCCUCUCCCUAUAUACGCAAAGCCAAGAAGCAGACAUCAAACCCAUUGUCCUCGGUAUCCUCUACGCCCAACUAGAACUCCAAUUUAACCUCUUCCGCGCUGCCGGCUCCCUCUACACAAAAUACAUGUACAUAACCAAAGAUGCAGCCACCCUCCUCAACGACACCUCCCCCGCCGCAUCCGCAAUCCGCAAAGCUGCCACCAAAGCCAGCAAAUGGACGCACGUAGCCCUAGACGACCUAGCAGCUUCAAGCGGCAUCGACCGUGCCGAUCUCGUCCGUAAAAUCGACGAAUGGAACGAACGCGGCGCAAUCGAACUCAAAAAAGAAGGGGUACAAAAUACAUACCGCCUCGAGCGCCCCUUACCCCAAUCUCCCACAGAAAUAAACGACAUCGUACAAAAGCUAGACAAAAGCAUGCAAGAAACCGAGACCCAGAAUCUCGGCCGCACACGCGCGCUAAUCGAUCUAAUAACGGCAAAACGCUGUUUCGCAAAUAACAUGGCAGGGUACUUUGGCGAUGCGGAGCACGGCAUGAAGGAAUGCGGUCAUUGUACGUGGUGCGAGACGCAUGUGCAGGUUGUGCUUCCUGAUGAGCCGGCGCAGCCGCCUGACCCCGUCAAGGUGAAGCGGGUGCUGGAUGCAGUGGCGAUUCGAGAUGAUGCGAGGAUGUUGGCUAAGCUUGCGUUUGGGGUCAAGAGUCCGCGCAUGGGGGCGCUCAAGUUGUAUUCGUUGGAUGUGUUUGAGUCAAUGAAUGUGUGUGAGUUUCCUGAAUUGCUGAGGGUGUUUACGGAGGCUUGUGAGAGGGAUGGGGGAGGAGGGGAGUAA